GCUAUUCAUUAUGUACGUUCUUUUGCAAUGGUUAGUGGAUGGACUUCACAGUGUUAUUAACUACAAAUCGAUUUUGAGUCCAAGAAAAGAAUUUGAAGAUUAUCAAAUUGAGGAAAUCGUGAAGGCCAACUUUUCAGGAACUCCAUACUCGGCAAGGGUAAUUGCUAAAGGAACGAAAGAAGAUUUGAAGGACAAAAUGGCUUUAACUGCAUCCAGCUCCACAUCAAUGAAAGAAAGUUCAAGUUCACUUGAUGCAACCAAACCAGCAACAUCCCGAAAAAGACAGGCACUUGACAAAGAACCGGAGAAGAUUUCCAAGAUUAAAAAAAAUGACUCUGCUGAAGAUAAAUUAAACAAAGAAAAAAAGGAGGCAAGACAGAAAAAAUUGGAUGUGGACAAGAGAAAAAAUGAUGCUGCUAUACUUCUUGCUGACUCAAUUAUUUCAAAACGUAGAGAAAUGCCAGCUCUUUUUUCUUUAGACCAUGAAAAUCCAGCUGAUUCAUACCUGCCACAGCAUGACAAUGAUACAAACUACAGUGUGUUUCCUCCUCUGAUCAGUCAGAGCUACCAGUUGUUGUUAGAUGGUACCAUGGAAGAUGAAAGGCCUCCAGAGUGCUGCAUCAUAGAAUCGCUUCAGACCCCCCUUGACAGAAUACAACAACUACAAGAUGAAUUGGAAACAGUAAAACAGGAACGGGAUAUGUUGAGGAGAGAGGUUCAAAUUUUGAAACAAGCUGGUGCACCAGCAGACUUGAAUGCAACCCCAACAAAAAUUUCUUUCCUAAAAGAUCUGACAAGACAUCUAGAGAGUAAGAAUGGAUUGGAAUCGUUGCCUACCUUACAUCAUGUGACACCGAAACUCCCAAGAAAGAACCUGAUGACAAACACCAAUUAUCAGAAUAUUUCUGAUAAAGAAAUGAACAAUUUGGCUUUAUCAUCGCCAACAAGUGACACUGGUGCCAAAAAAUUCAGACUACUAUCUGAUCACCAGAUUUUUGUCACCAGUCAGCAAAUGAGUUUGAUUAAACAAUUAGGGAUCAACCCUAGGAAACUGAUGAAUGUGUUGCUGGACAUGCUGUUCAGCAAAGAUAUUUUGGCCAUAUCUUCUGCCAAAGGUUCAAGAAGAGCGGUCAACAAGGCCAGUGGCAUGGACAGCCGACAGUUGGAUGUGGAUAUAAUUGCUGCAAUUAAAGAGUACACCCUUCGGGAGUUCAAAAAGGAUGGAAAAGCCUGCAUGUGUGAAUCAGAUAUGAAUAACCUGAUCAACACGAAAUGUGCUAGUGCGAGGAGAAAUUUAAAAAAAAUGACAUGAUGACAUUGAGAUGAAAGCAGUGUGUUAAAUUGAUAUAAAGUGCUAAAGAAAUUUUGUGCUAUAAAAAUAUAAAAUGUCUUUAAUAUAUGAUAAAUAUUUACAGUUUAAAAAAUGUUUUUUUUAUU